AUGCCACUGGUGAAACGGCCCGAUUUGGUGACUACGCGCCAAUUUCUCAGCGUCGCGCUUGCCGCCGGGUCCCAAUUGUACCGCAGCAUAUCGCUGGCUGACCAGUUCGAGACCGACGCCGUGCAAACCAAGGCUCCUCCGAAAAAGAAGGUCCCAUUGUACCAGCGGCCAGAACCAAACUAUCCGAACCACGUCCCACUGCAUCCGGUCGAGAAGGCCGCUCUGUUCGUUGGCUCUGCCGCAGGCGCGUACCUGCACCCCGAAAGAAACGAGUUCAUUGUUGCUCUGGGAGAAUCCACCGCAUUGCCAUACUUUCUCAACCAGCUCAAGGUCCAGAUGUUGAACGACCCAGUUGGCCGCCAGAUACUCAAAGAGCGGCCCAACAUCACAUCGGACUCGCUCCGUCUGGACGAGCUGCGCAAGUACCCGGAAAACUCGCUUGCACGUGCUUACGUCAGCUGGCUCGACAUGGAGGGGGUGUCUCCCGACACACGGGAGCCUGUGCGGUUCAUUGACGACGAGGAGCUCGCGUUCAUUUUCCAGCGGUACCGGCAGUGCCACGACUUCUACCACGCGAUCACGGGGCUGCCGAUCGUGCGGGAGGGCGAGAUCGCACUCAAGCUGUUUGAGUUCCUCAACCUCAAGAUCCCGUUUGCCGGGAUGGGGGCACUGUUUGCGCCGAUCCCGAUCAAAAAGUCGCAGCGCUCGCGUCUGCUCAACAUCUACUAUCCGUGGGCUUUGAAGAAUAGCGCCUCGUGCAAGCCGUUGAUCAACGUUUACUGGGAGAACAUUCUGGACCACGACGUGGACCACCUCCGGGCCCAGCUGGGGAUAGAAAAGCCGCCAGACAUGAGAAAACUACGCAAAGCAAAGAAGACUUCCCUAUGA